AUGGAUUCAGAUACCUCAUCAGCCUUCCAGAAUAAUCUCACCUGCUCCAUCUGUAUGAACUACUUCCUAGACCCUGUCACCAUAGACUGCGGGCACAGCUUUUGCCGUCUCUGCCUGUACCUCAGCUGGGAGGAUGCCCAAACACCAAGGCACUGCCCUCAGUGCAGAGGAGUCUCAGAGAAGCCAGAUUUCAAAACCAACAUUGCACUAAAUAGCCUGGCUUCCAUUGCCAGAGAGGCCAGAGCUAACUACAUCAAGAGCUCUGAGGAGCAGAUCUGUGUGGCACACAAAGAAGCAAAGGAGCUCUUCUGCAAGGAUGAGAAGGGCCUGCUCUGUGCAGUCUGCUCUGAAUCCCCAGAGCAUGCAGCUCACAGCCACAGUCCAAUACAGUGGUCUGCUGAGGAGUACAGGGAGAAACUUCUAAAGAGAAUGAACUCUUUAUGGAACAUGACUCAAGAAAUGAAAAACAAUCUGAAGCAAGAAGCUAGCAAAACCAAGUCAUUAAAGGACUACAUGGCCAGUAGGAGGGUGAUGAUCCAAGCUGAAUAUCAGAAGAUACAUCUGUUUCUCUGUGAGGAGGAGCAACUCCAUCUGAACACAAUGGAGAGAGAAGCAAAGGAGAUCUUCCAACAACUCAAGGAGAGCGAACUCAGGAUGACCCAGCAGAAAGAAAGCCUGAAAGGAGUGUUGAGAGAGCUGACUGACAUGUGCCACAAGCCUAACUUGGAGCUGCUCCAGGUGAGAAGGGAGGUGGAUUCAGUAACUGAACCAGUGCAGAUGCAAAAGCCUCAGCCAGUGAAUCCAGAGCUCACUUUAUGGCACGUCACUGGAAUCCCAGAUAUGCUGAACACCUUCAAAGUGAACAAAGUUCUGAGUGCAGAAGCCAUCAGUCGCUGUAUUAGCCUUCCUAAUGGUGUUAGUGUGAUGUUUGGAGGUGACCGUGACAGCGCAUCCAGAGAGCCCCAGAGAGUGCAGGGUUUUGCAGCAUGGGGAACUCAUACCUUCACCUCUGGUAGACAUUACUGGGAGGUGGAUGUGCUGAAGCGCUCGAGGUGGAUUCUGGGAGUCUGUAAAGAUUCCCUGACGAGCGGUACUGAUAUUAUUGUUGAUUAUGAAGAAGCUUCUUUCCUAUUUUCUAGGAAAGUGAAUGAUCAUUAUUGUCUCUCCACUAACUGCCCACCCUUCAUUCAGUAUAUGAAAAGGCCUCUGGGUAAGAUUGGAGUGUUUUUGGAUUAUGACCAUGCAACAGUGAGCUUCUAUGAUGCUUCAAACCGUUCCCUCAUAUGUAGUUUAUUUUCGUCUCCCUUUUCUUCCCCUCUGAAGCCUUUCCUAUGCUUUGAUUCUCCAUGA